GAUGCCCUCAUGUCUCCUGUGAACAACGCCACUGCCAGACCCUCCACCUUCCUCUUGAUCGGCAUCCCGGGCCUGGAGGCUGCCCAGUGGUGGCUGUCGAUCCCUCUGUGUCCCAUGUACAUCUUAGCUGUGGUGGGAAACACUGUGCUCCUUGCGGUCAUCAAGACAGAGCCCAGCUUGCACGAGCCCAUGUACCUUUUCCUGGCCAUGUUGGCUGUCACCGACUUGGUCCUCUCAACCUCCACCCUGCCCCUCAUGCUGGCCAUCUUCUGGCUGGGCCCCAGAGCAAUUGGCUUCCACUGCUGCCUGACCCAGAUGUUCUUCAUCCAUGCCUUCUCCUCCGUGGAGUCAGGCAUCCUGGUGGCCAUGGCUUUUGAUCGCUACGUGGCCAUCUGCCUUCCCCUUAGGCAUUCGGCCAUUUUGAAGACCUCCACCCUAGGCAAGAUGUUGUUUGCCAUCGUCCUCCGGGGCCUGGUUCUCAUCACCCCCUUUGCCUUCCUUCUCCGGAAGCUGCCAUUCUGUGGACACAGAGUCAUCCCCCACUCCUACUGCGAGCACAUGGCUGUGGUCAAGCUGGCCUGUGCAGACACCACCGUCAACAAGACGUAUGGCCUAGCAGUGGCCCUGUUUGUGGUGGGCUUGGAUGUCCUCUCCAUUGCCUUGUCCUAUGCGAUGAUUCUCCAGGCAGUCUUUGGCCUCCCGUCCAGGCAGGAGCGGCUGAAGGCCCUCAGCACUUGUGCGUCUCACUGCUGCGUGAUUCUAAUUUUCUACAUCCCUGGGCUCUUCUCCUUCCUGACACAUCGCUUUGGCCACAGUGUCCCUCACCACGUUCACAUUCUGCUGGCCACUCUCUACCUCUUGGUGCCACCGAUGUUGAACCCCAUCGUGUACGGCGUGAAAACGAAGCAGAUACGAAGCAGGCUGACACGAGUCUGCUAUGUGAGGGUGGCGUGA